UCGUUAUCGUCACAGGAGAGUUUAGAAAGUAAAGAUGCCACAAUGGACUAUUUGGAGACGACAGUCAUGGAUGGCCAGACGCCCGAAUUUAAUGCCACAAUUAGUAAUGAUACGUUAGCCUUAGAUCCAGUACUUAUUGAACGUUUCACACGUAAUCGCAGCAUUGAUGGACCCUGGUUUCAUAUACUGAUACUGUGUUACUGUGUGCUCAUAGUAGUUGGAUCUGUUGGGAAUAUUUUGGUGGUUUUGGCCGUUGUUAGGAAGCCCAUGAUGCGGACAGCACGUAAUUUAUUCAUAUUGAAUUUAGCAAUAUCAGAUUUGCUACUGUGUUUGGUGACAAUGCCCUUAACAUUAAUGGAAAUACUUUCGAAAUAUUGGCCAUUUGGUUCCUGUGCCGUACUGUGUAAAAUGAUUGCAAUGCUACAGGCUUUAAGUAUAUUUGUAUCCACGAUUUCAAUAACAGCCAUUGCAUUCGAUAGAUAUCAGGUCAUUGUUUAUCCAACACGUGACAAUUUACAAACCUGUGGUGCUGUCUCCACUCUUGGUGUCAUUUGGCUAUUGGCACUUCUCUUGGCAUCGCCCUUGUAUAUCAUAAAACGUCUUAUACAUGCUGACAUACCGCCGAUGCUGCAGGAGCUGGGCAUACACGGUGUAUCGUUUUGUAUAGAAGAUUGGCCGUUGAAUCAUGGACGCUUCUAUUACUCGAUUUUCGUGCUGUGCUUUCAAUAUUUAGUGCCGAUAGUGAUUUUAUCAGCUGCCUAUUUGGGCAUCUAUAAUAAAUUAAAGAAUCGCAUUACGGUGGUAACCGUGCAGACGACGUCAUCGCAACGCAGUGCCGAGCGAGGCAGACGUAUGAAGCGCACAAAUUGUUUGCUUAUUAGUAUUGCAGUUAUUUUUGGUGUGUCCUGGUUGCCUUUGAAUAUUUUUAAUUUGUACGCGGACAUGAAACGUCCUGCUGUAACCAACGAUAUGAUGGUGAUGUACGCCUUCUGUCACAUGAUUGGCAUGAGUUCGGCCUGUUCGAAUCCGCUGCUGUAUGGAUGGCUGAAUGAUAAUUUCCGUAAAGAAUUUCAAGAAUUAUUAUGCCGUAAUAAAGAAAACACUAAUAUUGCUCUUAAUGGUCAUACAACAGGAGGUGGUCAAUCGCGACGGAAGCGGAAACACAAUGACAUAUCCAAAGGUGAUCUGAAGCUACUAAGCAGUGUUGGUUUUGGCAACAACGGUGACGCUGGACGACUGGGUAUAUCCAACAACAAUACAACCAACAAUGGUUUACGCAGUGCUGUAACCGAGUCGGUGGCAUUAACCGAAAAUCCCAUGUCAACGGAAGUGACAACAUUGGUGGUGCGGUAAAUUUAUUUAUUUUCAAAUAGAGACUGUCUAGC